CUUUGGCCUCAUCGCCUCUCCUCUCCACUAGUCCUGCUAUUGUGUGUCUUUCUGGGCGACCCUCACCUCCCAUCCACCGGUUAUUCCCGCAUUGAACCCCGCAUUUAACCGACACAACAACAGCUGUGCGUGACCGAGCUCAGCCUCCCCAUUGUAAAGGGAAACAGGAUCUCAGUGAAGGACUUCUUAGUUGAUCGGCAUGGGACAGACGGAAGACUGAGAUUCCACGUUCAUAGAGCUGGUCUCGGGUAGUUUCUUCUUAUCCCACGGGAAAUAACAAAACGCGUUGCGUGGGAGGACGGAAAGCAAGAAGGGGAAAGAAAAAAAACGACCACAGAACGCAUGUAGCCGACGCACCACGCGGCUAAGGUUGGUUUUAAGGCUUGACGAUGGGUUGCGUCAGGAGUAAAGAGGCCAAAGGCCCGGCGCUGAAAUACCAACCUGAUAACUCCAAUGUGGUGCCAGUCAAUCCUCACCUGGGUCACUAUGGGCCAGAACCCACAAUGAUGGGUCACUCACCAGCCAUGAAAACACAGAACAGCAGCUACAACAACCAUCCAGCUUCCCUCACCCCUUUUGGUGGAGUUUCUUCAUCCAUGACUCCCUUUGGUGGAGCCUCCACGUCGUUCACCUCGGUGACUGUGAACAACCCGUUCCCGGCCGUGAUCACAGGUGGUGUGACUUUUUUUGUUGCCCUGUAUGAUUAUGAAGCAAGAACAUCAGAUGAUCUCUCAUUCCGAAAAGGAGAUCGCUUUCAGAUUAUCAACAACACGGAAGGCGACUGGUGGGAAGCCCGCUCCAUCAACACAGGAGAGAAUGGUUACAUCCCCAGCAAUUAUGUGGCCCCAGCUGACUCCAUACAAGCUGAAGAGUGGUACUUUGGUAAACUGAGCCGAAAAGACACUGAGCGUCUCUUAUUACUCCCAGGGAAUCAGAGAGGCACUUUCUUGGUACGAGAGAGUGAAACAACAAAAGGUGCCUUCUCGCUAUCUUUACGUGACUGGGAUGAGGUUAAGGGUGACAACGUCAAACACUACAAGAUUCGCAAGUUGGAUAGUGGUGGUUAUUAUAUCACUACAAGAGCACAGUUUGAGACACUACAGAAACUGGUGAAGCACUACACAGAACAUGCGGACGGUUUGUGCUACAGGCUGACCGUUGUGUGCCCAACAGUGAAGCCACAAACUCAGGGACUUGCUAAAGACGCCUGGGAAAUCCCUCGAGAUUCCCUCCGACUGGAAGUCAAACUGGGACAAGGCUGCUUCGGGGAAGUCUGGAUGGGCACAUGGAAUGGUACCACUAAAGUGGCCAUCAAGACGCUGAAGCCAGGAACCAUGUCUCCAGAUGCGUUCCUGGAGGAGGCUCAGAUCAUGAAGAAGCUCAGACAUGAUAAACUGGUGCCGCUUUAUGCAGUGGUGUCUGAAGAGCCUAUUUAUAUCGUAACAGAGUUCAUGGGUAAAGGUAGUUUGCUGGACUUCCUGAAAGAAGGAGAGGGAAAACAUCUGAAGCUUCCACAGCUGGUGGACAUGGCUUCACAGAUUGCAGAUGGGAUGGCUUUCAUUGAGAGGAUGAACUACAUCCACAGGGACUUAAGAGCUGCCAACAUCUUAGUAGCAGAUAACCUGGUCUGUAAGAUUGCCGACUUCGGCUUGGCUCGACUCAUUGAGGACAACGAGUACACAGCUCGUCAAGGUGCUAAAUUCCCUAUAAAGUGGACAGCCCCAGAGGCUGCGUUGUACGGUCGCUUCACCAUCAAAUCAGACGUGUGGUCAUUUGGUAUACUACUGACAGAGCUGGUAACAAAGGGAAGAGUUCCAUAUCCAGGCAUGGUGAACCGAGAGGUCCUGGAGCAGGUGGAACGUGGUUACCGCAUGCCCUGCCCUCAGGGCUGCCCGGAGUCACUCCAUGAGAUGAUGAAGCAGUGCUGGAAGAAGGAGCCAGACGAAAGGCCGACGUUCGAAUACAUCCAGUCCUUCCUGGAAGACUACUUUACAGCAACAGAGCCACAAUACCAGCCUGGAGACAACCUUUAGUCCCGGCAAUUUAGCUUAAACUCUAAGGUACAUUGGUGGAAAUCAAUAAAAGAAUUUAAAACAUUUAAUUAAAAUGAAAGGAUUUUAGGCCACAAUGACACUGGCAUAAUGAUUGUCCCUAAUGUACAAUGGGACCAAGUGUUCAAAUGGGUAUAUAAAGCUCUGGGAAACUAUCAGAAUAAAUCCAUAUUACUGGCCACAACACUGUGAUACAGACAGACAAGAGACUUUUUUUUUUUUUUUUUUUUUUACUUUAUUAACUUUUGAAAUAAGUUGCUUCUAUCUUCUUAGAAAUCCCCUCUUUUUAUUUUUAAGUCACAUAGAUCUUUUAGUCUGAAUCCAGAUCUUUCAUAUGAUCAAGAGUUCCAGGUUGAAUGGCAGAUUAAGGAUGACCAAUAACUGUGGUUAACUUGUAUGUGAUGAGUGUAAAGCAUGUGGUUAAAAAAUAAGGUCUGCUGUAUGAAUGCAAGAAUGUACUGAGAGAUCAAAGCUGAUGUACAUACAGUUUGUAUAAAGAAAUAUUUUUAGACUGUGUGAUGAUCAGGUGGCGUUAAAGAAUAGGAUACCUGUGUUACUGUACGAUUGCUUUUCCAUUUUUUUUUUUCAUUUAUUUUAAUAAUUUCAAUUUGGGGAAUCCUGACACAACUUUUUAAAGAUUUGCAUAGAAUUUUUAAUUUUCUUUUUAUUUUAAUUAAAAAUGAAACUUUGGCUGUCCAUUUGUAGGUUCCCGUUUAACUUGUCAUCGUUUUGUUUUGUGUGCUGCACAACUCUGCCGAUAACACAAGUAUUUUUGUAAUUUUUUUUAUGCGGUUCAGUUGAAAAUGGAGUUCAGGAUGCCAUUGAAUCAGCAACAUACAAAAAACAGAUCUGUUAAAAAGAACCUUAGGGUACAUUUGGCUUCAAUUUUUUUCUCUCUCUCUCCAGUAUUUUAAUUAGUUACCCUUUAACUUGCUAUUUGUGGAAACCAUGAAUAUACAUAAAAAUGGAUCACAUUUUGAAAACUACCUUUUAUUAAAGCUUUUACAAUUAUUCCAGAUAUCAAGGAGCUUUUUAACUCAAACACAGAACUUCCUGUUUACUUUUGGAGAUAUGACUUGAAAAGCGCAUACUUUUUUUAUUUCCCCUUCUUCAAAAUGAGAACCUGUCAGUUGAAAAAGGUAUGGAAUGCCUUACCUUAUGAAUGUCUUCAGUCAGAGUAAACAUUUAAAAGUUUGUAAAGACUCAAACUGAUGCAGAUUUAUUAUUCUACUACUAUACAGUCAGAAGGGCAGGUUAAUAAUUCAAUAUUAAGAAUCUUAAUAAUUGCAGCUUGUAUGAGAAUAUGGUACUUGACAGAAGAGAUGAAUUAAUUUUGAGAUGUUUUACAAACUAAUUUGUGUGGUGCUGUACUUGAUAUGACAUUUACCUCUAUUUUCACCUUAGCAGAGGCAGAUGUAUGACAGACGUAAAACACAAGCACAUAAGAGGAUGGUUAAGCCAUUGCUUAGCUCAUUUAUAAAUAAUCAAACUGCUAAAUUCUCACUGGUACUUCCUUAACUUUGGAAUUCUUUUACAAGAAUGAGAAAUUAGACAAUAUCGAAGAUGUGAAUUAUUCUUUUAUUUUUGUUUUUCUGUGCAUCAUUGGUGUGAGAGAUUGUCCUGUAAAAGUGGAGCCUGAUCUAGUUGG